AUGUCUGCUAUCCGUGCCUUUGCGACCCGCCGUGCUCCUGUUGCCUUUGUCCAGCGCGCAGCUUUCUCGCAGUCGAUAGCCCGUCCUGCUGGCAAGGAGUCCGCCCUUCACACCGAAAACCGCGCCGAAGAGGUCGAGAAGAAGAAGCAGGAGCAGUUGAGCAAGCAGAAGCAGGGCAAGGCAAGCUGGGAGGAGCAGCUUGCUAGUGACAGCGAGAGUGCCGUCAAAGCGGAUCGAUCCGAGACGGGCAAGGACACUCAACAGCAAAUCAAGGAGCUCCAGCAAGAGUCCAAGAAGGUCAACUCUGGUCAUUAA